AUGAAUCUCGAAGACAUGCCUGAUAGUGAAAUACGUGAGCGUCUUAUCGCUUUGGGUCAGAAUGUUGGUCCAUUAACACCAACUACAAGAGGAGUCCACAUAAAGAAGCUACGCAACUUAUUGGCCAUGCAAGGAGAGAACGCAGCCGUUUACGAACCGACGCCACCUCCAUCUUAUAGCAGUGGGGAUGGUACAAAUCAGCUGGAAAUUUUUGACAGCGAGCCAAUCAUCGAGGAUGAACCUGUACUAACACAUCUUCGUGCUCCUCGUGAGAUGUCGGAGACGCCUCGUGCUUCCAAGGUUGCAGGCUCACAAUCUAUGAAUCCAGCGGUGGUUGACGAUGGUUCCGAUGGAGAAAUGGGUGGUUCGGAAUCGGUGCGAUAUUUGUCGCCGGAAGAAAUUAUGUUGCAGACGAACCACAAUAGGACCAGCCCCGUCUCUAGUGUUAUUGAGAAGAAUAGCUUUUGGAAGCGUUCGCCAUAUCUUCCUGUUCUUCAUCGCUUAUCCUGCUCGAUGGUGAGUCUAACCUCUUUCUGGGAACUGACGCCGCCUUUGCUCGACGGCUUGGAUCGAUUGGACAAAUUGGUCAUUCUUGGAGUGAUUGUGUGGCUCUGGCGCUGUGUUUGUAUACUUCUUAUCUGA